UAAUAAAUACAUGAGAGGCAGAGACAUCUGAGACUCGUUAAAUGUGAUAGCCAGGGAAAUGGUGGCCAUAAAGAGGAGCUUUUUCUUGAUCAACCUCAAACUUUCUCAUCAUGUGCGCCUGAAGAAGAAUGGCAGAAAAUGUUUUGCCACCGCAUUGGCUAAAAGGAUGGAACCGUCUGAGAACUCAAGAUCCCAGGAACAGCCUGUUUUUCCAGUGACAGUUCCUAAAAAUAUUCUGUCUCAGUCUGCUGCUCCUGUUUUCAGACUGAAGAAGAAUGGCAGAAAGUGUUUUGCCACCGCAUUGGCUAAAAGGAAGGAACCGUCUGAGAACUCAAGAUCCCAGGAACAGCCUGUUUUUCCGCUGCGAGUUCCUAAAAAUAUUCUGUCACAGUCUGCUGCUGCUGUUUUCGGACUUGGAUUCAUUGAUGCUGGGUACAGUGGAGAUUGGUCAAGGAUUGGAGUGAUCUCAAAGGAGAGUGAAGACUUGCUAAAGGUUGCGGCCUUUGUGGUUAUUCCUCUGUGUGUCUUUCUUAUAUUUUCAGUCUCAAAGGAAGAAUAGGCUUAAUUAAUUUAAUUGUACUGUAAGAAGCUAUCGUUGGCAGUAUAUGCUUUCACAGCUCUAUAUUGCUGUAGAAUUUGUGCAUACAGCUGCUAUGCUUGAUAGGUAUGAAAACAACAAGAAGAAGAAAAAACAGUGAUGGGAUUUUGAAUGCGAAUUGCUGUUUCCGUGCUCA